ACCAAAAUGUGUUGUCAUGCCACCGCUGCCUUCUUGGCCAGGUCUCCCUUGUGAGGAAGCAAAAAGUGCAGCCCAUAUGAGAUAUGCAUGUGAAAUUCAGAAUGCAUAAUUCAUAAAAAAGUGUAAAAAAAAGUCCAGGAAAUGAGGGACUCCCCCCCCCCCCCAAAACACACACACACACACACACACACACACACAUUUCACUGAUGUGUCAUAUGCUGAGAAAACGGUUUUUCACACUUGUUUUCAAACACAGACAAGUUUUGAAUUAUAUGCAAAAAAAAAAAAAGAAGGAAGGAAUCUCUCAGCAACGUUGUCAAUCGGUAACUACAAUCUGUGACUAAAACGUCUUUGUCUUGUCUUGUGUCAUCUCGGAGGGAGACGGGGGUCGGGGUGAGAGCUGCUGUGCAGCCCACACACUGGGCAGUGGUGUGCGGAGGGGUGAUGCCUCCAGAGCGCAUCACGGGACGACAAAACCCCCUCUCUGCAAGACGCAGCGCCAGAAGAGAGCAGCCUUGGCACGGCGGCUUGUUUCAGAGGGCGAAAAGUGGGAGAUCGACCCGAGUCCUUCCUCUCGACAUGCCGGAAUCCUGCUGAACAUCCUUGCGUGGCUCUCGCGGAGGACACAAUGUGGUGGAGGCGAGGAGGAGGAAUCUCCACCGGUGGAGGCAUGUGGGGAUGCGCGGACACGGUCGUGGGUGAUUAAAGCCGUUUUGCAGCCGCGGCGACGCAAGGAUGGAUACGUGCGCAAAAGAGUGCGGAUAAAGUGAGUUGCGGGGCGCACAGGAUGGACACUGCGGAGGUGAUCCUCUCUGUGCUGGUGGUUGUGAUCAUCAUAGUGUCGUUGCUGUCCAACGUGCUGGUGCUGGUCUGCUUUCUGUACAGCCCGGAGAUCCGCAAGCAGGUGCCCGGUCUGUUCAACCUCAACCUCACCUUCUGCAACCUGUUGCUGACCGUGUCCAACAUGCCGCUCACGCUGGCGGGACUCGUCGGCCGCGCGCAGCCGGGGGGGGACGCCCUCUGCCAGGCGGCGGGCUUCCUGGAGACCUUCCUGUCCACCAACUCGAUGCUGAGCAUGGCCGCGCUGAGCAUCGACCGGUGGAUCGCGGUGGUGUUCCCGCUGAGGUACCACUCCAGGAUGCGCCACAAGGACGCGGCGUUCGUGCUCGGCUACACGUGGGCGCACUCCGCGUCCUUCUCCACGGCGGCCGCCUGCCUCUCCUGGGUGGGAUACCACCGGCUGUACGCGUCCUGCACGCUGUCCAGCCCCCGGGCGGGCGGUCGGACCCAGUUCGUUAUCUUCACCGUCUUCUUCCACUCCCUCACCUUCCUGCUGUCCUUCGUGGUGCUGUGCGUCACAUACCUCAAAGUGCUCAAAGUGGCGAGGUUUCACUGCAAGAGGAUCGACGUGAUUACAAUGCAAACGCUGGUGCUGCUGGUGGACAUACACCCCAGCGUUCGCCAGCGUUGCCUGGAGGAGCAGAGGAGGCGACGACAGAGAGCGUCGAGGAAGAUCAGCACCUUCAUUGGCACCUUCAUGCUCUGCUUCGCUCCCUAUGUGAUCACACGGAUCGUGGAGUUAUUUCCUGCGGUGCCUAUCAAUCCUCACUGGGGAAUUGUCUCCAAGUGCUUAGCUUAUAGCAAGGCAGCCUGCGACCCCUUCGUGUACUCGCUGCUUCGACAUCAGUACAAGAAGACGUGCGCCGACAUCGUCAACAGGCUGCUGAAGCGCAGCUCCCUGAACACGUCGGGGCGCGGGCACGAGAACCAGGGCAACAGCAUACCGGCCGCGGAGUGACGGGACGCGGGGCCCGAGGCGGUCGACUUGGCAACUGUCAGGGAAACGUGAAGCUGAUUUAUCGUCAAUGAAGAAGAGGACGGACGCCGCUUGUCCCUGUCCACGUCCGCUUGAAUUCGGAGUGACGUGCCAAAAAAAAAAAGAAGAAAAAAAAAGAAUCACUACAGACAAGGGCAAAUCCCUGCACAGGAGUACCACUGCGCUUGCACACCGAGUUCCCCCGGGACAGGAGACCAGUGCAGUGAACUCGCUGUGGGGACAUUAAACAAUGGCAGACUUCACAUCCACCUGGAGAGACAGACGUGCCCACACAAGGAGAACCGUCGCGUUAUUUUAUCCGGGCCUUCAUCCUGACACACGAUAUUUCAGCGGUAUAUGUGUUUGUUCCGACAUUACUGCAGCACAUGUCCAUAUUAUCUCUAAGAAAAUGAAAGGAAAAGAAAAAGAUGGUAAAAGGCUGCGUGUCUGUUUUAGUCUGUGCAAAGUAAUAUGUAGCACUGACAACUAGCCUAACCAAAAUGAUUUGUACGUUGUAUGAUUACUUCAAUAAUUGUACAAAAGAUGGAAACUAUACGUUACAGCUGCACAGUCUGGCUCAGGGGUUUUUUUUUUUGGAGGGGGGGUGUUAUUUAUUACAUUUUUUUAAGUACCUUGCUUUGUAGUGUAAGAGCUAAUGGAAGGAGAGAAAAAACAAGACUCACUGUAUGUGUUCUAUGUGUGAAAACAGUUUGUUUGUGGAGGACUUACUGACCUGGCAAAGCAGAGUUUUAAUGGGAAAAACAAAGCGGGCCUUCAGAACCGACUGACUGCCUGUGCUGUCAUGACUGAUGUGUGCCCCUCAGGUUGUUUGGUCAAGUGGAGCGUGACCAACUGUACUUGUUAUUCACAGAGAGAAGUAAUCCACAGAGACGGCUUCGUGCUCCCUCACGUAUCGCGGGGCAGGAAGGACGGGAUCGGGACAUGUACACAAACCCCUUUACUUUUCCUGCAGCAGGGUGUUAACACACUCUUGCACCCUUUGGUGUUGAAUAGCAGUUAUUACAACAAAGCGACUCUGGAAGCUGAAAAUCAUGUUUUGUCACUUUUACAGCGAAAAGACAUUAUUUCUGCUUUCUGUUAAAAAACAUAACACAAAGUGUGUAAUUGUGAUAUUUGUGACAGUACCUCGAAGGCAGCGCCUAACAUUUCUUUGGGCAACCCUGUCACACUAGUUUUAAACAACAAUAUUUCAGUUUCUGUUGUAAGGACGAGGUUUUCGACGACUAGAUUUGCUCCUAUCAAGGUUGAUUUCUUAGUUUUUGGCCGCCAAGCAGAAAACAUGUGUAAGCUAUUGUGAUCGCCUAUUCUUGAAAAGUCUCCGGGCUGACAAGGUAGCGCACCAGUUGAAGGUCAGCUCAGCUCUACUCCCUCAUCAUGGCUACAUUUCAGCAUUGUGGUUACUAUUGUAGGGACUAGGUGUGGCGAUCUUAUCUGAUCAAAUAGUUUCUACCUCAAGAUGUGCGAUUUUUCAUAAAACCAGUAGGACAUUAAAACAGUAAAAGCAAUAGGUUUGAAAAUCAUCCUGUGACACUCAAUCACAUUAAAAUACAGGCGUUGAAAUGAUGGUCAUGAUAAAUGAUAUGGUAAAUCAUAACAAAAAAGUACGUGCUGGGUUAGUUUUUAGUGCUGCAAAAGCAUUUAUUUUCAUUAUCAAUUUAAUUUAAUUAAACAAUUAAUUACAAUAGAUUUUCUCGAUUAAUUGAUUGUUGGUUUGGUACAUUACGUGUCAGAAUUCACCACAAGAUAUUCUGUUUAUUAUGAAAUAUUUAACAAAAACUAUGGUAAAAUGACAUCAAUCAGACAAGAAUCAGGCACCACGGAUCUUUUUGAAUUAAUUUUUGUUUUAUAUAUAUAUACACUUUAGCAGCUAUGGGUCAAUCAAACUAAUUCAAUGAACUAGAUUGGCAAUUCAUUAAGACAGGUCCCCCACUACAUGUUGUACCUAUUGUAUUAUGUCCUUUUUUUCUGUAUCAGAAGACAGGCAGCUCUGUAUCAGAGGGCUUUUGACUGGGCUCCACUUAGAGUUGACAAAGGUGCUUCAACGCCUUAGUUCAAACAGAGAAUAUAGAAUUAAUAUGUAUUGUAAUAUGUAUUGUGAACGUUUGUUAAGCGGACAUUGUUUUUUUUCAUGGAUUUGGACACAGUACAUUUAGACUGUACAUGCAGGCGGCCAUUAGUGAGACACUGUGUGCAUUUACGUUUGGAACACAGUGGCGAAUUUGCCAGUGGUGAACGAAACGUGAUUAUCUGCAGUUUCUUCUCUGAAAACAUAUUUACACGUAAGUUCUUGUAUUCUGUGUGCACGAGUUUCAGGAUUUGUGAUAAUACUUGGGAGAAGUGGUUGUUUUCGGGUUUUCGGGUUGUUUUCGGGUAUUCCUGUACGGCACUCCAAGACAUCUGAUGCCUUAAAUUCUGUAAUGUAUGGUGUUUUAGAGUUUUUCCAUUCACAAAGGCAUUUGGAUAUCUUGAACAAUAUCGACAGAACAAACCAUUGCCUUAUUCAUUUCUGUUCAUUAAUAUUACCCCAAAAUCUGUCGACGUGUUUCUGUAUCCCAAUCCAGCUGGUAAUUUCUCACCGAUGUUUUGCACUGAUGUGGAGAGUGGUUAUUCCCCCCCCUCAUAAACGAUGAAUAUGGUUAUUGGUGGAAAAACAAGCUAAUCUCAAAAUGAAAUGUGUUGCAAGGUUUAGAUAAAUGACAAAGUGAAAAGUAUUUUUUGUGUCUUUUGAUAUACGUGUGUGUAAUUCAUGGCGACACUGUAUUCGUUUCGGGUGUUACAGAAUGUGCUGCUUCAAAUCCAAACGGAGUUUUAACUGUUGUUAAUAGUGAAGUGAGUGUAAAAUACCUCAUUUUCUUAUGGUGACUGACUUGACAGCCUGAAGUGUUUUGUCAUGCACCUCCUAAGUUAUUAAACCUUGGCUCAAUGCUGCUCAAUGCUGCUGCUGCUAAAGAUGGCUAAGAUGACAGGCACGAUGAUCAUGACGAUGACGACAGUGACAACUGUUGUUUUAAUUUCCGAUGAUAUGAUGAGAAUAUCUGGUGUCGAUGGUGAUAUUAAUUGUAAAAAUGUAUUUCUACAACUAAUUUUAAUUGUGAAAAUUAGGAAGGUUUUGAACUAAUGAUGAUAAAAAUUAAACUGUAGACUUUA